UCUAUUUUGCGGGCAAAAUGUCGCUGUUCUUGAUUGUCAAGCUAUUUUCUCAUCGUAAUGUUCCGUUCUGGCGCAUAGUAUGUAUGAAACGCCGUGGUUUGGCGUGUGCGUUCUAUUUUAUUUUAGACAAGACUUGACGGCUGUUUAAAAAAACUUCAUGGCUCUUUGUUCGAUUUUGUUAUACCAUUGCUUAGGUUUUUCGUAAACAACACGAACAAAACAACGUGAAAAUUCAAUGAAGUGGGCGGAAAAUCGUUAUUGUAUCCAGUGAAAAACCUAGGCAUUUCAUCAAGACUACCUGAGCAUUGAACUAUAUCUCUGUAACCAAUGGAGGAAAAGAUGGACAGUGAACACAGUUACAGUGGGGAGAGCAGCAGCUCUUCCGAAUCAUCUAGCGGCAGUUCAGAGGCAGAUGACGAGGUCUUGGAGCCGGUCCGCAUCUUGGGACAGUCUCUAGAGCUUCCUCAAGAGUUGUGUGAAGACUACUCUGUUUUUAAGGAGUUUUUUUCUAUGAAAACAUGGGAUGCUUUGGAAGAUAAACAUAAAGAAGAACUAAGUAAAUACUUGCCCCAAUUUACAGAAAAUGAAGAAGAAGAGAAAGAGAAAACCAUCAAAAUGCUUUUUAAUCAUGAACCCUUUCAUUUCACAUCACCUCUUGGUGAUUUUUAUAACAAUCUAAGGCAGGGUAACUAUAGGCCAGAUAUAGCUAAAAUGAGAAAAUUUUUAAUGAAAGCUAGGGCUAAACAGCAGAAACAUAAGAUUAAGUCUUACUAUGCUAAGUUGUUACCAGAAGUGUUGAUAUCUCGUGAGCGCAUAUUAGCAGCUGCUAAAGCAGCACCACCAGGUCCCAUUCCACGUCUUCUGUUAUUACCACCAAAGCCAUCAUCAAAAAACAAUUUUAAACCUCUGUACUUGAGAGCUAAGCAGAGAUAUUUUGAAGAGCUAAAUGCUAUUAGAAGUGAGGUUGGAGGAGAAGAAUCUGAAGAUGAAAAUUACCCUGAAGGUCCUCCAGAACAAUCAACAAGAAAAAGGAAACAAGCUCAAGGCCAACCUACUGAUGGGAAUGUGUCUGGCACAUUAGGUGGUUCUGAUCAGUCAAACCUAACAUCUCUGAAGUGUUUAAAAAAUGUUUUGGCAGCUCAUAGGACAAGAAGACAGUAUAGAGAGAACCAUCCCGAACUAAACACAACAGGAAUUACAAUUGAUGACAUCAAACAGAGAGUGGCCCUUGUAAAUGGUGCUAAGAAACUUAUGUUUGGUGGACCAAAAAGUGGAUCACCAUUACAAAAGCUACGGAGAGGUCCGAAGAAAGAUAGCGGUGGUAAAAAUAAAGGACAAGAAAAAGCUUCCACUAGAAAAGCAAAGGAAGAACCGUAUGAAACAGUUGAAAAUAAACCUCUUUUGCCAAAUAUAAAGAUUAAGAGUGAAAGAGAAGAAUCUGAUUCUGAAAGUUCAUCAUUUGUAGAUCCCAUUACUAGUCCUAAAUCUUCGAAAAAGGUUGACCAUGUAGAGAUUAAACAGGAAGUUAUUGAUAAAUAUCCAAGCAGUAUGUCUAAUAUAAACUAUAGUGACACAAAAUUAGAAAGUAUAGUGAAACAAGAACCACCUGAUACAAUAAUGUCAAUGCAGAACUCUGCUAGAGGACCCAUACAUCAAGCUGUCCCAAUCAAAUUAGAGGAUUUAGAUGGAAUUGAUAUGAUGGCUCUCCCAGUAGAACUAGCAGAUGAUUCAGGAGAGGUCAUUCAAGUGGAAACCUCAACAGAGACAGUGGAGGAGACCUUAGUGGACCCUGAUGAGUCUUUGACAGAGACGACGCAUGCAAACUUUUUAUCUUUAGUGCGAGCUUUGUUCCCUGCUCGAGCGGCACAUCGAGCCUCUAAGCAACAGUUGCAUGCGCGGUGCGCUGCUGUAAUGAGGUCGCCUAUAGCUCCACUUAAUACUUGGUAUAAUUUAUCGGAUGAUUGGUGUGGAGAAUUAGAUUCCGCCCUAGAUUUCCUAGCAGGAGAAAGAGGACAACAUCCAGAUGACUAUGUACCUUAUCUACAGUUUUUACCUGAAUCACAGAUGUAUCAAUGGAUUGGUGCGGGUCGUGACUGCGAUGCCAUACUUGGGCGUCUAUGUGAGCGAUGGCUUCGAGCUGCCUCGUCACCCCCGCCUGCCAGAGAACCGCCACCGCCUAGGCAUCCUACAACAUGGUCAGUCCGUCCAGCAACUGAAUCUGAAUUGAUUGAUUUCCGCACACAAGAACGAAAACGAUUCUCAAUGGCUGCCAAACCGUUUACUUAUAUUCAGUACGGGUACCGUUCAGUAGUGGGUCCGGUGGUGCGUGGGUCGGGCGGCGGGGGCGCGGUGCUGGUGAGCUCGCGGCCGCGCCACGCCGCGCUGCCCGCGCUGGUGCGGGACGCACUCGCGCGACUGCCCAACGGGGAGGGCACCAGGCACCAUGUACUCACCUUGUUGAGAAUGUCACAAUGGGUAGCGCCAUGCAGUGAUCAAACCCUGCUUAGCGCAGUUUCUUCAGUAUUAGAUAGACUUCUGUCAGCCAAACGUGAUCCGGUUGUCAAGUACGACCAACGAACUGCCGUAUGGACAUAUCUCCAUAGGCAUAGGAGUGAAGAAGACUGGUUAAAGAUAUCGAGUGGUAGGUCGCGGAAUAGUAAAAUGAAUUCCAUGUUAUUGUCCCCGCUACCUUCCACGUCGAACCCUCCGCUGCCGGUCAGGACAACUCCUCUGUCCACGUCCAAAGAACCGCACCAUACACCACCACACGCGCACUUGGAGUUAGAAGUGGGUAGUGUUGAAGAAGUAGUUGAGAAUGCAUCCGACAGUGAUGUGGACGUGGAUGAUAGUGGGCAGUCGUCUUCAGUCCCACACUUGUCCUCCGCUCAGCUACUUAUGCAAGCUACCCAAGCUUCGCAAGGCAAGCAAGUUACAUUGCCACCCAAACCGAAAGGCAAACUCGUCGCCGCACCCCCGCCGAAGGCUAAGGCACACGUAGUCCCGAAACCUGCUUCAGUGAAACAACCUGCCAAGCAACAAUCUGCUCUAAUGGCUCAGUCAGCAAAACAGGCAAAUCUACUCGCACAAGCUGUACGGCAGAGCAAUGUGAAUCAAGCUAAACAAACCACCAUUAUACAACCACCGAAGCCACCUGUACCGCAGUCGCCGAAACAAACGAAUGUACCACCACAAACGUCGAAACCAGCAAACGUUACCCAGGCUACUAAGCAAGCGGUUAUAUCUCAAGUAAUCAAACCAACCAUAGUGAAGCAAGCCACUGCUCAGCCCAAGCCACAGACUCCGACUGCCCCGGCGACUCAAUCUCCCAAACAGGUUCAACCUCAACAGACCAAACAGAUUAUUGUUAGUCAAACUUCAAGUCUCUCAGGACAGCUGUCGAAAUCAUUGCCUUCUGUAGUGGCACCACCCAGUAAGUCGCCUCUGGUUAAACAAAGGCCGCUACAGAAAGUGGAAGGGUCGCAAUCUCAGGUUAUAAACACUACGGCAAGUCAAUCAAAUUUACAAACUACAACUGUGGUGCAACCAUCAAGUACAGCUACUGUACAAGUUCUUCAAAAUAAGGUCACUCCAGGCACCCGGUCUCUAUUGAUAAGACCGACUGCAGUUCAAACUACCGUCACCGCAGUAGCAACCACGCCUGUUACUCAGGUAACACCUACUUCUAGACGCGGUGUAGUCAGAGUGUUGAGUCCAGCAACACCGGCAUCAGGAAAGUCCCUCAUAUCGCCGAGAGCUUUAAUGCAACAAGGUGCCACUGCCGUCAAGAAAAGAACACCAGCACCAAAUACUGUGUCUGUCACUACUGUUGCGCAGAGUACAGGUGGGGUGACGGCAGUUGUGAGCAGUGUGCCCACGGUGGUGACGUCGUCCGUAACUACUCGCACGGUACAGCUAGCUGGUGGGCGUACCGUACAACUUGCGGGCGGGCAGUCCGUGCAGCUCGCUGGAGGACAGUCUGUGCAGCUCGCAGGGGGGCAGGGCGUGCAGCUGGCGAGCGGGCAGGGCGUGCAGCUGGCGAGCGGGCAGGGCGUGCAGCUGGCGGGCGGGGCGGGCGUGCAGCUGGCGGGCGGGGCGGGCGUGCUGCAGCUGUCGGCGGUGCGGCUGGCGGGCGGGCACACGGUGCAGCUGGCGGGCGGCCACACGGUGCAGCUGGGCGCGCCGCUGCGCGUGCAGCCCGCCGCCACCAAGAGCCCCACGCCGCGCCCGCACCACGCCGCCGCCGCCCUCAAGGCCGUGCCCACCACCCAGCCCGUCCAGAUCCCCGUGUCCACCGUGCAGUUAGCGGGGCAGACCGUUCAGAUCGCCGGCCAGACGGUUCAGUUAGCUGGCCAAAGUGUUCAAUUGACCGGUCACACCGUCAAAUUACCCAGCGGACAAAGUGUUCAAGUAGCUAGUCAGAGUGUAUUGCCGUCGCAGAGUGUUCAACUGCCCAGUGGCCAGACCGUCCAAAUAGCUAGUGGAAAUGUUCAAACUGUUCAAUUGAGUGGAUCGAACGUUCAAUUAUCUGGCCAAAGUGUUCAAAUGCCGAGCGGACAAACUGUUCAAUUAGGAUCCCAAACAGUGCAAUUAAGUGGGCAAACAGUGCAACUAGCCGGUCAAUCAGUUCAAUUACCGAGUGGACAGACAUUGCAACUAUCUAGUGGACAGACUGUUCAGUUAUCCAGUGGGCAAACAUUGCAGUUGGCGAGUGGGCAAACUGUGCAGCUUGCUAAUCAAACACCGAAGUCAAUAGCUCAGGUCGUUCGAAGUCAGGCUACUGGCGACAAGACAACUAGUGGGCAGCCAAUAGUGGCUAAACUAUUGACCAAUGCACAGGGUCAGAUGCUGUCCCUGGAGGGCGUGGGUGGCGGGGCGCGAACGGUGCAGGUGUCGGGUGGGGUCCGCGCGCGGGGCGCCGUGCGGGUACUGUCCCCCGCCACACGACUCGCCCGCCCAUUACUGCUCACCUCCGCCAAACCACUGCAUAAUAUUAUAUUACAGCAAAGUGAUGGCAACACUAUCAGAGUAACGUCGAGUGGUACUGUCUCAUCGUCACAAACAUUAGUAUUAAGUAAUAUUGGUGCUCAAACAGUUACAACGUCGUCGACCUCUGCGCCCGUCUUAAAAUUGCAACAGGUGAAUCCAAUACAACAGGUUAAACUCGCGCAAGGGAUAAAAAUUCAACAGGCUGUGACAAGUGCUGCGGCAACGACAUCUAGCGGUGUUCGCAGCGUACUAAUGGACGGGCAACAAUUAAAGUUGGUGGGAGGGCGCCACGUUCUCGCAAGGAUACUCAGGCCUGCCCAUCCACCCCAGUAACUUUAUACGAAUUACUACACGGUAACAUAAAUGAAGGAUUACUUCUCAGAGGCCUGUUCCAUCACUAUCAUGUAAAUAGAUAGUUCAUAUGAAUUACUUUAUAUAUUUAAUGUGGUAGAUUUUGGUUUUCCAAAGUAUGGGAAACCGGCCAUAAAUAUUGAAAGGCUGAAACAAGAUAAUGGUAAUCAAAUUUACGUCGAAAUUCCAUUGUUAGGUUAUGGUCUCGGUACUAAAAUUGACCGGUCAUUCAUUGAUCUGAUAACUGAUUGAUGACUAGCUUAUGUGUUGUAAAUAGUUGUAGUUUCUUUAGUACUGAACCGCGUUUAAAUUUUGAGAUGAAUUAGGAAAAUUUUCAAUAAAAGUACGAUCGAUAUAUUCAGAUUGUUACCAAAUCUAAAUUUGUACAUAAUACAAUACAAAGCUUGAAUACGCCUAUUACACAUAUAUCUAUUAUAAUAUUUUAAUUUUAUAUAUUUAGAAACGAAAUUUAGUUAAAUUUAAUUUCCUUAUAAAGGGUAUUGUACAAAAUAUAGUAUUGUAGUAAUAAUUGGUUGUAAAGUUCAAGUUGAGAAUAUUUUUAUAAAGAUGAAGAAAUGAAUUGAUUAUAUAAAAUUCGUUAUUUAUUUUGAACUAACGAAAGUAUUUAUCAGUUUGUAACCGAUGUAAGUUAAAAUAUUGUAAAUAACUAAUUAUAAGGUUUUAUUGGGGAACAUUAAUUUGAUUAUGUUAAUUUAUUGUUUGUAUAUACCUAGAGGACAAAGUGUACGUCAGGAUAUUGAUGAUACGAGAAAAUCUUUUGUCUAUGUAACUGUAUAUAAUUUACUUCUAAUAUCCGUCUCCCUUACGAGUUUAGUAGGUUUCACAAGUCUAUAUAUUACUAUUACUAUUGACAAUUAUUCCCAUAUUGUCGAAAGAUCUUGAUUGCAAUAUAUUUUGAUACUUACAAUGUAAUAUCUUGUUUAUGUGUUCCUUUUCUCUUUUUGUCAAUAUUGGGGCUGAGACUUUGAUCCCCUUAUCUAAAGUGACAUAAGUCAAUUGCUCCAAUGAGUAAAACUUGUUUGUAAUACUAUAAAAAGCAAUUUAAUGUAUGUUGUAGUUUUUAAUAUUUAACGUUAGGUUCGUAUUACACAGUUUUUCACUGGUAGAACGAAAUAAACUUGUGUAUAUAAUUUCUGGUAUUUUAAUUUAAAAUGAUGUAAGUUUACCUGUUUUUACGUUAGUAUAUUCUAAUCAGUGGAUGGUACAGUUUCAGUAGUUGAAACAAAAGGCAUUUCAUUGUAUAACUUACCUUUUUGAAGUUUUGUUAUUUGACUCCAUAUAAAUCUUGAUAAAUA